CUGGCGGCAGCAGCAGCAGGAAGACUUUACCUGGGAGUCUGACCGCCGGGAUGUUUCUGAGCCGGUUUGACGGCCAGUCGAAGCUGCUGGUCCGGUCGCUGAUGUCUGGAGCCUCCGGCGCCCGCAGAGCGCUGGACGUCUUCCAGAGGCAGCAGCGGGCUGACCCCGACAUGUCACUGGGUCACCUCAUAGAAACACUGUGCCAAGACGAAGUAACAUGUCCAGAGACCGAAGCCCAGCCACUAAGUGUUAAACCCAUGGUGUGCCUGUUUCCUGCAUUAUUCAAACAAAAUCUGCUGUCCUUCAUCUAUCUGGUCCACUCGGUACUUCCUCAGACCUCUGUCCUCCAUCUGCUCAAAUGCCUCGGCCAGGACCCUCAUCCAAACCCCUGGAUCACCGCUUUGGGUAGACAGCUGAAGAGAAGCCUGGGGGUCCACAGUGAGGAGCCUCUGUGCACUCCACCGUGCAGCCAGAGACUCAAGGAGCUGUCACAGCGUUUAGUUGGUUUCGGUGUGGCCGGAGGGUGGGCCAAGUGUCUCAGCGGUCAGCCAUCGGGAUCUGAAUCUCAGAGUGCUUCUGGUUUAUCAGAGCAGGGGACACAAAGGAAAAGGAAAGGAAGUUUUGUCACUCUGGACUCUGAAGGUGAUGAAGAAACGGCACAGCAGAGCAAACGGAUAAAGAUGGAUAUCUGCGGGAGCGAGUGUGUAGAUGCAGAAGAACAGAGCGUCAAUGAGGAGACAACAGGAAGGUUAGAAAGAGAUGCUCCAGCAGAAACUUCUGCUGAAGACCUGCAGCCGGCUGCAGACAGUCCGCAUGAUUCCCUGCCUGAACAUAUAAAGGUUUCUGUUCUUCAAAUAAAAGAAUUACUGGAAAGUCAGGCAGAGUGGGACCAGAGCUCCAUGGAUGUGUUCAAAGUUCUGAACAACUGUGACCCCGCUCAGGUGGAGGUUUUAUGUAACAUGCUGAGUUUGUCUGCUUUACCGGAGCAGACUCUGCCUAAACUGUGCAGCAGUGUUUUGGCUCUCUCUCCCGACCUCAGCUACAGCACGGCAGCAACACUCAUCAAGAGCCUCCUGCUGGAAAAGGUCCUGUCCCUGUCAGAACCGGCCUCCAGGUGCCUGGUUACUGCAGUGACAUCACUGUGUGGCCACUACCCCAGACCAAUGUGCCAUGCUCUCAUCGGACCAGUUCUAAUGGAGAAGAACGUAGGGAAUCCACAGGCUGAGCUGCUGAACAGGCUGAUAGAGAGCUGCCUGGAUUCCCACUACAGACUACUGCUGCUGCAAAUGACAUUCAAAAUUGCGUGGACUGAGGCGGCGCUCUCCAUUAUCCACAGCCUGCUAGACUCCAAGCCUGACUUGAAUGAAGAAGUGUUUGCACAGUUCACGGAACAGCUCAUCAGCCAGGGUCCUCAGUUCAUUAAGUCUGUGAAGUUCGCAAAAAUGAUGUUAACAGUCCUCACCAAAUAUAGCAGCCAUGUGACUGCUGCACACAAACACUCCCUGUCCGGUUGCCUGAUGUUAAAUGAGACCUUCCUGAAAAAGUCUCUUCAAGCUGCUUUGAAAAGAAUCACACACACAUGAAGUGCGAAAACAUCACCAGCUUUCACAAAGUGGAUGCCUUAUAGGAGGAGUAAUGGUUGUUGACAAUACAUUAACAAAUACUUAUAUCUGCUUAAUCCUACAUUAUGAUGGAUUAUUAGUGAUUUAUAUAUAGAUAGGGGGAGUAAAGUGUUACCCAUGAGGUUUCUUUUGACCUCAUGCGUGUUAAUAAACCUGUUUUAAAUAAGUUCUUGUCUACUUCUUGAUGAUAAUCUAAAUUGAAAGUGAAGCUCCUCAACCCACCUGUUUGACACUGACUGAUUUCCCCUCUUACUAUGAAAAUCCCCUCCUGACUCGGAUCUUUUUUUUUAACAGUUUUAUUUAAACUAUUCCAAAAACUAAUCUUUGCAUUCUUGACUUUUGUUUACCUGAAAUUUGUUGCAGCACAUGAAACUCACUGUGCUGUCAUAUUCAUCAAGUGUUAGUCUGGAUAUGUAUCAACAGAAUGAAUUGUAUGUUAACCCAAAUAUUUUUAUUUAUUUAUUUAGUUAGUUGGUUAGUUAGGUCUGUCACCAGUGUUUCUUCAUUUGAAAGGAGUCAUAAUUUACCCAGAAUUAAUUAACCAUACUUAAGGGAUCUUUUGAACUUUGUUUUAUUGGGAACUUUAACAUUUGGCCUGCAACUCCGCUUUGACAUUUUUUGUUUCCAACAUACAAAUAUUUUCCAACAUAGAUUGUUAUGAAAUCAAUUCAGACAGCAAAGUGUUUAUUAUUUUAAAAAAAUAAUUACAAGUAUUGGACGUGGCUUGGGUGCUCUUCAGUCAUGAGCAAGAAUUGUUGUCCCUACCUUUUCUAUUUUGUGAAACAUGUUUUCUAAACUGUUG